UCAAGUAGUAUUAAUUAUGGCAAACUUUUUGUUAGUUUUGUUAAUCUUUGGUUUCAUAAUUUCUCAUGUUGUUUCAAUUAGAAGUUUGAAUAGAGAUGUUAUAGAAAUGAAGGAAGAGCAUGAGAAGUGGAUGGUUAAACAUGGGAGAGUGUAUAAAGAUGAAGAUGAGAAGGAGCACCGCAUGGAGAUUUUCAAGAACAACCUUAAACUUAUUGGAUUAUUUAAUGCAGGUGAUCAUAAGUUUAAGCUUGGAGUUAAUCAGUUUGCUGAUCUCACUAAUGAAGAGUUUAAAACCAUUUACAAUGGUUUCAAACCUUCAUUGAAGAAGAUUAAAGAGGUUGCCAUGGAGUCAUCUAGCUUUAGGUAUGAGAAUGUUUCUGCCACUCCGGUGAGCUUGGAUUGGAGGAUGAAAGGUGCUGUCACGGCUGUUAAAGAUCAAAGACAGUGUGGAUGUUGUUGGGCAUUCUCAGCAGUGGCAGCAAUGGAGGGGAUAACCAAACUCAGCACCGGAAAACUAAUAUCACUAUCAGAACAAGAACUAGUAGAUUGUGACACUAGUGGUGAAGACCAAGGUUGUAAUGGAGGAUUCAUGGAUAAUGCCUUUGAGUUCAUCAUCAAGAACAAAGGUCUCACCACUGAACUUAACUACCCUUACAAAGGAACUGAUGGUAACUGCGACACCAAAAAAUCAGCAAUCCAUGCAGCCUCCAUCACUGGUUUUGAAGAUGUGCCUUCAAACAAUGAAGCUGCACUUUUGAAAGCAGUAACUAACCAACCUGUUUCAGUUGCAAUUGAUUCUAGUGGUUAUGCUUUUCAAUUCUAUUCUGAUGGAGUGUUCACUGGUUAUUGUGGAACUGAUCUUGAUCAUGGUGUUACUGCUGUUGGAUAUGGUAUGACAAGUGAUGGUACCAAGUAUUGGUUGGUUAAGAACUCAUGGGGAUCUUCAUGGGGUGAGAAAGGGUAUAUAAGAAUGGAGAGAGAUGUUGAUGAUGAACAUGGGCUUUGUGGCAUUGCUAUGCAAGCUUCUUAUCCAAUUGCUUAAAAACCAUAUAUAUGGUCCUUUAUAUGCAUGUAUUUGAUUAGUUAUGUUUAUAUAUAUGUUUAUGUGUGUGUGUGUGUAUAUCUCUUCUUAAUGUUUUUCUAAUGUAAUUAAAUAGAAUCCUUAGCAAUAAGGUGUGUGUUUUUAUAUAAGUUCUCGUAUGUAAAUUUGUGCAUGUUAAUUAUUUAUCAAAUGUAAUUAUAUCUCAAAU